UCCACUUUAAAGGGAAGGGGGAGGACCGCGGGCCAGUCCCGGAGAAACAGACGGAUCAGAGAUCGCCAAACAUUUACCCUCUCCGCUGAGAUAGAGCGAGGGCAGAGGAGGAAAAAAAGGGAGAACUCCGAGCCGUCCAUGCACGGCACACAGAAAACGCAUAGAAGAACCGUCUGACGGCUUUCGUACUUUGUUACAUAUUUUGCUUGCGCGUGAGUGCAUGAGGAUCGGGGAAAAGGGUCUAUGAUAAUCUCGAUCUGCGGCUAGAAGUUUGUUUGGUGGGAAAGCGGGCUUGUAGAGAAAGCCCUACGGUGUCGGCAAAAGAUGGUUUGGAACAUCGCUUUGGGCAAAGGGUUCGUGUGCGUCCUCGCGCUGUGGCUUGGAUUUACGUUGCCUCUGUGCAAAGCUCGGAUUUACACUAACCACUGGGCUGUGCGGAUAGCCGGGGGUCCCGAAUUUGCAGAUGGGAUAGCGAGCAAAUAUGGCUAUAAAAACAUGGGACAGAUUGGCGAUCUGAAGGACUACUACCACUUCUUCCACAGCCGGACGAUAAAACGCUCAACCCUGUCCAGCCGUGGGAGGCACAGCUUCAUCUCCAUGGAGCCCAAGGUCGAGUGGAUCCAGCAGCAGGUGGUGAAGAGGAGGAUAAAGAGGGAUUAUAACACCGCCCCGCCCAGCCCGCCCCAAUCCAUUUACUUCAACGACGCCAAGUGGACCAGCAUGUGGUACAUUCACUGCAACGAUGACAUCCACAACUGCCAGUCGGACAUGAACGUCGUCGGGGCGUGGAAAAGGGGCUACACCGGGAAGGACGUUGUGGUCACCAUCUUGGACGACGGCAUCGAGAGGAACCACCCGGACCUGGUGCUGAAUUACGAUACGCAGGCCAGCUAUGAUGUCAACGGGAACGACCUGGAUCCCAUGCCUCGAUACGAUGCCAGCAACGAGAACAAGCAUGGUACACGGUGUGCAGGUGAGGUGGCAGCAUCUGCAAAUAAUUCUCACUGCACUGUCGGGAUCGCAUAUAAUGCCAAGAUUGGGGGAGUGCGCAUGCUGGACGGGGACGUGACGGACAUGGUGGAGGCGAAGUCCCUGAGUCUGCAGCCGCAGCACAUCGACAUCUACAGCGCCAGCUGGGGCCCGGACGACGACGGCAAGACUGUGGACGGCCCCGCCUCGCUCGCUCGCCAGGCCUUCGAGAACGGCAUCCGCCAGGGCAGGAAGGGGCGCGGCUCCAUCUUCGUGUGGGCGUCGGGUAACGGCGGACGCAGCCGGGACCACUGCUCCUGCGACGGCUACACCAACAGCAUCUACACCAUCUCCAUCAGCAGCACGGCCGAGAGCGGCAAGAAGCCCUGGUACCUGGAGGAGUGCGCCUCCACCCUCAGCACCACCUACAGCAGCGGGGAGAACUACGACCGCAAGAUCAUAACCACAGACCUGCGACAGCGCUGUACAGACAGUCACACCGGAACCUCGGCGUCCGCCCCAAUGGCUGCUGGGAUCAUCGCCCUCACUCUGGAGGCAAAUCCCCUACUUACCUGGCGAGAUGUUCAGCACAUCAUCGUGAAAACUUCCCGUGCUGGCCACCUGAAUGCACCUGACUGGAAGACCAACGCUGCAGGAUACAACGUCAGUCACCUGUACGGCUUUGGCCUGAUGGAUGCGGAGGCGAUGGUGAAAGAGGCGGAGAGGUGGAAGCAGGUUCCAUCCCAGCACAUCUGCGUCGAGAGCGCUGACCGGCAGAUCAGAACUAUCCGCCCAGAGCACGUGGUCAGGUCGGUGUAUAAGGCGACGGGCUGCACCGAUAACGCCAACCACCACGUCAUCUACCUGGAGCAUGUUGUAGUGAGAAUCACCAUCACACACCCCCGCCGAGGAGACCUGUCAAUCAACCUCACCUCGCCCUCCGGAACAAAGUCACAGCUCCUUGCCAACAGGCUGUUUGAUCACUCUAUGGAGGGCUUUAAGAACUGGGAGUUUAUGACGACCCACUGCUGGGGGGAGAAGGCAGCAGGUGAUUGGAUCCUGGAGAUCUACGACUCCCCCUCCCAACUGAGGAGCCAGAAGGUUCCAGGGAAGCUGAAGGAGUGGUCUCUGGUGCUGUAUGGGACGUCGAUGCACCCUUACUCCACGUCCCUGCGCUACGACAAGCCCCGCUCCGCUGAGCCCCCCACCGACGACGAAUUCCCCGAGGAGUACAGCGGCCCCUGUGAUGCAGAGUGUAACGAGAACGGCUGCGAAGGCCCCGGACCCCACAACUGCAUCAACUGCCUGCACUACUUCCUCAAGUUCAAGAACAACACCAGGACCUGUGUGUCGGAAUGCCCUUCCGGAUUUUUCCGUGACGAUAAGAAGCGGUGUAAGAAGUGUAACUCCAUGUGCGAGACGUGCGUGGGCAGCCGUCAGGACCAGUGCACGUCCUGUAAAUCCGGCUUCCAUCUGAACGAGGGGAUUAAUUCCUGCAUCUCCAGCUGUGGACUGAGCCACUACCUCGACCACGAUGGAAACGUGUGUCGGAAAUGUGGGGAGAACUGCCGAAAGUGCACCUCGUCUGCAGUCUGCUCCGAGUGCCAGCCAGGAAUGACUCUGCAGGGUAAUAAGUGUCUGAUGAGCUGUGAGGAGGGGACGUACUACAACGGGCACAGGAGGACGUGCGAGCCCUGCCACCGGGCGUGCGCCACCUGCGCAGGCACAGGCAUGGAGGCGUGUAAUAAGUGUGCGGAGAACUACUACGCCGAGGAGUGGAAGUGUGUGCAGAGCUGCAGCGCCGGGUUCUACCUGAGCGAGCAGAACCCCGACGGCGCGGAACCGCAGAAGGUCUGCAAGAGGUGUGACGGCAGCUGCUACACGUGCACGGGCCCCGGAGAGAGCAACUGCAGCACCUGCAUCAGCGGCUACAACCUGGAGUCCGGCAUGUGCGUGGUCAGCACCAUCUGCAAAGAUGGUGAGUAUCUGACAGAACGGGGAAAGUGUCACCUGUGUGCCGCAACGUGUUCCAAGUGCACGGGCCCGGAGGACACAGACUGCAUCAGCUGCGGAAUCACCAGGUACUUCGACGAGGGCAGCUGCGGGUUAGAGUGUUCCCCGAGGAAGUACGAGCUCGACGGGCAGUGCCACCUGUGCCACCACACCUGCGCAGAAUGCGACGACGGUGGUCCUGACAACUGCACCAGCUGCGACAAAGAUAAAUUUGGGGAGGACCGGUACCUGUUCCAGCAGCAGUGCCGGGACGCCUGCCCGGAGGCGCACUACCACUCCCAGCAGCACACCUGUGAGCCCUGCGGAGACAAGUGUAAGGUCUGCACCUCCGCCCUCACCUGCAUCACCUGCGCCCCCUCCUUCUACCCCAACAAAGGGGCCUGCACCCGCUUGGACUGCGGAGAGGGUGAGGUAGAGGACCCGGUGUAUGAUGACUGUUUGCCCUGCGAGGAGGGGUGUAAGAAGUGCUUCUCAGGAAACCCUAAACACUGUAUCCAUUGCAGGGAGGGGUUUUACAAAUAUGAGUUACAGUGCCAUAAGAGCUGCCCUGAGCGGACCUACGGCCUCGACUCAGACAUGAGCUGUGAGCCCUGCGACAACAACUGUGUGAGCUGUGACGAGACCCAAUGCUACUGGUGUGAGGAUGACCUGUUUCUGUCAGAUGACAAGUGUGUGGAGGAAUGUGAGGCCGGUUUCUACGGUGAUGAGGAGAGUCAGGAGUGUGAGGUGUGCCACCGUGACUGUCGGACGUGCGGCGGGCCGAACUUUGAUGACUGCGACGCGUGUGAAGAAGGCGUGACCCUGGUGGACGGACAGUGUGUGCUUUUGCAGAAGACCUGCUCAGAAACCAGCUUCCUCAAUGACCAGAAUAAUCAAUGUGAAGCCUGCCACCCCAGCUGCAAAACCUGUUCCGACGCAGGAAAGAACAACUGCAACACCUGUGAGGAAGGGUGGUUCCUGACCGCCCGGCAGACCUGCGUGACGACGUGUCCCGAGGGGAGUUUCGGGAAUGCGACGGCGGGGCGGUGUGAGGACUGUCUGCCCGGGUGUGUCCGGUGUGAGGACGGGACGCGAUGCCAGAGGUGUCUGUCGGGACGGAAAAACCAGCUGUUCCUGGAGGAGGGGCGCUGCGUCCCCCAGUGCCACAGGGGGUUCCCGGAGGACGGUGAGUGUGAGAGCUGUGCCCCCCUGUGUGCGUCGUGCGAGGGGACCGCGGCGCACUGCCUGAGCUGCCUGGCCUCGGUCGUGCUGCUGGGUCACGAGUGCAGGGAGAGCUGCCCGCCCGCGUACUUCUCCACCGCCGGGGAGUGCCAGCGCUGCCCCAGCAACUGCGCAGACUGCAACCAGCAGGGCCUGUGUCGAGAAUGUGACGAGUAUUACUUCCUCCAUGAGGACGGUUGCCUGGACGACUGCCCUAAGGGCUACUAUGCGGAUGUGGGGAGGAAGGAGUGUGUGCGCUGUCACUCAGACUGCGCGGAGUGCGACGGGCCGGACGAGGAUGACUGCGACCGCUGCAGAGACGCCGCCGCGGUGCGCUACAACGGCGAGUGUCUGCCCAAGUGCCCCAGCAACACCUACCACGACAUGGACGCCGUGGAGUGCAGAGACUGCGACAGGUCGUGUCUGACCUGCUCUGGGCCUACCGCCGACUCCUGCCUGACCUGUCUGGAGGGAAUGCAGCUGGACGCCCACGGGCGCUGCAUCUUUGAGACCCGGUGCGCUCUGCGCUCCUAUAAGGACCCGCAGGGCGAGUGCCGGCCCUGCCACAGGCUGUGCCACCGCUGCUCGGGGCCCAGCAGAGUGGACUGCCUGAGCUGCAGCAGCCCCUACUUCCUGCUCAAUCACACCUGUGUGGAGCAGUGCCCGGUGGGGUUCUACGAGGACAAGGAGCAGCAGCUCUGCGAACGCUGCCACUUCACCUGCGAGUCGUGCCGCGGCCGGCACAGCGUGGAGUGCCUCACCUGUAAACCCCACCUGCUGAAGCUGGGCCGAGGCUGUGUGGAAACCUGCGGGUCUGGUCACUACGCCAACAUGUCCUCCCACACCUGCCUGCGCUGUGACCCCACCUGUGCGGAGUGCAUGGGCGAGGGGGCUGCCCACUGCCGCACCUGCAGACACAAGUACUUCUACCUCAAGACCCAUGGCCGCUGUUACCCCUCCUGCCCCGACAACUACUACGAAGAAAUCCUCACGGGGACCUGCGAGAGGUGCCAUCCGACCUGCAAGACCUGCACAGGGGGAGGAUCCCUCGUGUGCCAGUCGUGUUACAUGGGCUACACCUUUCUGCACGGCAUCUGUGAGUCGGACUGCAUGAUUGGAGAGUACGCUGCCACAGUGGUAAGAAGGCUCACACAGUGUGAGAACUGUGACCGCUCCUGUGUGGAAUGCAGAGGCCCGGGCCCCUACAACUGCACUGUCUGCCCCGCCCUCGACCUGCUGGCCAAUGACGGCCGCUGCCUGACCUGCUGCGGGGAGGAGGCACGCAAAGACUCCGCCCCCACACCGAUGGACUGCUGCAACUGUACAGAGUCCAGUGAGGAGUGCGUCCUGAGUGCAAACUUCCGCUUCAGGGGGGCGGAGGAGCUGGAGGGAAGCCCCGCCCUCUUCGUCAUCACCUCCAUCAUCCUGCUCCUGAGCCUGGGGGCCGGGGUCUUCUUCUUCCUGCAGAAGCGCUCCAGGGACGGUCCCAAGGUCAAGGCCGGCGGCUACGAGAAGCUGGGCAACAGCGGCGGCGCCAAGGGCUCCGCCCCCUACGACCCCGGGCACUCGGGGGGCUCCGCCCAGUUCCGCCGGGAGCAGCUGGUGGACUACGAGGACCGCGAGGACGACGAGGACGGUGACGAAGACGAGGACAUCGUGUACAUGGGCCAGGACGGGACCGUCUACCGCAAGUUCAAAUACGGGCUCCUGGACGAGGACGAAGAGGAGGAGCUGGAGUACGACGAUGAGAGCUACUCCUUCCGAUAGGAACCACUCCUCCCG